AUGGAAUUUAAUACACUUGUUGACUUCAAAGAGGCAAUACGUGAGUGGUCAGUUCUCAAUGGUAGGGAAAUUAGUUUUGUGAAAAAUGAAAGUUAUAGAGUAAGGGUAGAGUGUAAGGCUAAAUGUGGUUUUUUGGUCUUAUGUUCCAAAGUGGGCCACAAGCAUACUUAUGCUAUAAAAACACUUGUAGACACCCACACAUGUGCUAGGGUUUUAAACAACAGAUCUGCAAACUCAAGAUGGGUGGCUAAGCAUGUGGUCAAGAAAAUGCAAUCAAGUGAAAAUGUAAGAAUCAGGGACAUAAUGCAAGAUGUAAGGCAAAAAUUUUCAGUGGGUAUUACUGUUGCUCGGGCAUGGAAGGCUAAGUUGAUGGCAAAAAAAAUAGUGGAGGGAGAUGCUGAUAUGCAAUAUGCUGCUCUAUGGAGGUACGCAUCUGAAUUAAAAAGAGUUAAUAGUGGCAAUACUGUGAAAAUUAAUGUUGAGAGACCAAGCCCAACUAUCCAACCUAGAUUUGGAAGUUUCUACUUCUCUUUUGAUGGCUGCAAUAAGGGGUUUAUCAAUGGAUGUAGGCCCUUUAUAGGGGUUGAUGGAUGUCACCUAAAAACCAAGUAUUGUGGUCAACUUCUGAUUGCAGUUGGAAGGGAUCCAAAUGAUCAAUACUUCCCAUUGGCUUUUGGAGUGGUAGAAACUGAGACCAAGGAGAGUUGGAGAUGGUUUAUCCAACUUUUGAUGGAGGAUAUUGGACAUGACAAAAGAAUUGUUUUUAUCUCUGAUCAACAAAAGGGACUGGUAGCUGUUUUUGAUGAGAUGUUUGAGAGGAUUGAACAUAGGUUUUGCCUCAGACAUCUAUAUGCCAAUUUCAAGAAAAAGUUUGGUGGAGGAACCCUAAUAAGGGAUUUGAUGAUGGGAGCUGCUAAGUCUACAUAUCAUCAAGCUUGGAUGCAGAAGAUGAAUGAGCUAAAGAAUGUUGAUUUCAAUGCUUGGACUUGGUUGAUGAGAAAGGUCAAAGCUAAAGUGACUGAGGUUGUUCAGAAUGAUGAUCAGGCUGAGAAUGAGGAGCAAAAUAAUGUGGAGACUGAGUUUGUUCAGAAUGAUGAUCAAGCUGCAGUCCAAAAUGAUGUAGAGCCUGAGAAUGUUCAUGAUGAAGUGCCAAAUGAUGUGCAGAGUCAGACCCAGUCAUGUGUUGUAGACACUAGUCAACCACAGCCCAAGAAAAAGAAGACAAUCAAACCUCACCAUGGUUUAAAGAUAAGGAGGAGUGAAAGAAUCAAAUUAAGUUGGUUCAAGAAACCAAUUACUGGUCCAGGUUCAUCUGAGCAACCAAUCACAAUUGAAGACCCUGCAGAGACAUCAUCAAGCCUUGGAGUGUCAACUAGGUCUUUGAAGAAAUGGAAGAAACAAAAGAGCAGUUGA